AUGUUUUUGUUACUCCAAUUAUGUGUAGUAAGGAGUUUAGAGAUUUCCAAAAGAUGUGUUUGUGGUCAUGUUCAAAGUUAAAAAGACUGCAAAAACUCUGGUUUUUGCAUCUGGUAAAAUGAUUAGUGUUAUUUAAAUGCCAAUCAAUCAUAUAAUACAGAGAUAAAUAAUUAGAAUCCAUGCAAAAGCUAUGCAUAGGAAGAUUGCAGAGAAUAGGAGUAGUGUGGAUUUUAUUUUGGGGAAUGUAUUGAUUUCUUGGGUUGCAACAAUUUUGAUAAAGAUAAUUGUUAAGAAUCGUCUUAUAAAUGUGUUUCUGAUGGUUCAAAGUGUGUGGAAAUAUAAGAUUGUAGUGAUUAUACAACUGAGAAUGCAUGUGCGAAUAAAAAUUAGCAUGGUAAGUACUGUGUUUGGAUUGGAGGAUUAGAGAAAAAAUGUAGAAAUGUCACAAUGUGUGAGGAGUUGCCUCUAUAUUUAACUGACCAUUAGACAUGUAAAUCAGGUCUAGACGGAUGUACUAUAAGUGAGAAGGGCUACGGAUGUAUAGAGUUAAUGGAGUCUUGUACGUAAUAUUAAAAUAAUUUUUAAUGCUUUGAAAGUAAAUCAAAAAAACUUAAUUGUUUUUGGGAUUCUAAAAAUAAUAAUUGUGUUGAAAAAGUGUGUGAAAAUUUACCAUUUACUUAGGAUUAUGAAUGUAAGUUGUAUUUAAGUUAAUGUACAACUAAUGGAGUUCAUUGUGUAACAAGGAAGUAGUGUGAAGAUGCUGAGAAUAAAUUUAGUUGUGGGACAGAUGCUUCAGGUAAAAAAUGUGAAUAUCAUUAAAAUAAAUGUAAAAUCAAGAGUUGCAGCACUGCUCCUGAGUCUCUUACGAAUUAUCUACAAUGUUAAGAUUAUGACAAUCAAUUGGAUUGUGUUACUUCAGAAAAGAAAGGAUGUAAAAUUAGACCUUAGACAUGUGAUGGUUAUGUUUAUGAGACGGAUUGCAAAUCAUUAGAAUAAUAAGAUUGUGAGUGGUACAAAGGAAAAUGCGAAUCAAGAUAAUGUUAUCAUGCUCCAGUUCAUUAUACUUACACAGAUUGUAAAGAAUAUGGAAAUUGUAUCGGGAAACUAAAUGGAGGGUGUUAAGUGACUCCAUAAUUAUGCGAAGAGAUAUUGCAGAAAUAGUUUUGUGAAGUAAACUAUAACAAAGAAAGGUGCAUUUGGAUUGAGGGUAAGUGUGAAUUGUUAGAAUGUAAGAAAAUGAAAUUGCCAAACUACAAUAGUCAUAAAAUAUGCUAAAUGGCAAGUUAAUAUUGCACAUUUAAUUUAGACUCUUUGGGAUGUACAGAUUAUUUGUGUGAAAAUGUUUUAGAGAUAGAAUAUUGUACAAUUGAUUCUAAUGGUACAGUCUGCACAAUCAAUUAAGGUUGCGUAGAAAAGAAAUGCAAUACUGCUCCUCCAUCUUAUGAUACUAAUUUAAAAUGCGAAGGGUGGAUGCCAUAAUGCACGGUAAAUGUAUAAAUUUUAUCAAAUUAAAAACUCUUGAUUGGGUGCAUGGAUAAAAAGAGCACUUGUGCACUCUCAAUUCAAGAUCAAUGCUAUAGUACAUUAUCAGGAUUGUUGUGUAAAUGGGAUCAAAGUAGUAAGAAAUGUUAUGAUCAACUUUGCACUGAUGCAAAUCCUAGCUUGUAUUUAACAAAUGAGGAUUGCAAUUCAUUUAAGGUGUUACAAGGACCUUGCAUUAUAGGGGCUUCUGGAGUUGGAUGUCAAAUAUGGCCAAAUAAUUGCACUAGAAUGCUAAAUCAAUAACAAUGUCAGUUGAACCUAUAAGAUUAAACAAUGUGUUUUUGGACUGGGACCUAUUGUAAGAAAUAAUAAUGUGCAGAUGCUCCUAAAAUGAAUUACACCAAUAAUGUUGAAUGUAACAGCUGGUUUAAUAAUUGUAUUUUUGAUCAUGUACUGGGUGGAUGUAAAGACCGAAUCGAUUCAAUAAGUUGCUCAUCUUCUCCAAGCAUUAGCAUGUAUGAUAAUCAUCAGGAAUGUAAUGCAUGGAAUCCUAAAUGUACUGUAGUUUCCUCCUUUAGUGCUGAAGGAUGUGAAAUAAAAAAAGCAACUUGUGAUGGGUUUAUCAGGGAAAGGAAUUGUAAGACCACUCUAAAUGGAUUAUUUUGUUAUUGGGAUGACAAAGAACAAAAAUGUAUGAAUGAAGACUAAGAUAAUAAUGGAGUUGCUGAUUGUCAUAAGAGACUUUAUGGAGACGUAACUCACUAGGAUUGUUAAGAAUUCUUGCCUAAAUGUACAAUAAAUAAUAUUGUUAAAUCCUGUUAAUCUCUUUCAUCGAAUUGUGAUUAUCGAUAUAAACAAUAAUGUGAGAUCACUAAUUAAUAUCAACCUUGCAAAUGGGAUAAUUUGAAUUAAAAAUGUAAGGAUAGAGUUUGUGCUGAUAAUACUACCGCUUAAACUGAGGCUGAAUGUUUAAUGUUCAGGAGACUUAACUAAUGUCAAUUGAAGAUUAAGUCUAAUGGGACUUAUGGGCCUGGUUGUGAAAAUAGACCCACAUUCUGUGGGAGUAUUACAGAUGCUGUGAUAUGUAAAUUAACUCUUACAAUUUAAAAUGAUAAAUGCUAUUAUUAUAAUUCUAAAUGUUAAGUAGUAUCAGCAUCCCAAUGUGAGGUAAUUACUGAAAGCAAAAGUAAUGAGUAUUGUUAAUUAUAUAAUCCCAUUUGCGCUCUUCAGCCCAGUGGGUAAGGAUGCUAUUCUCAAUAUUCAUGUUAUGAUUUAUCAGAUAAGAUUUGCAACAAUGCCAUCAUGAGGAAUAAUUAUAAAUGUAGCUAUUCUGAUAAAUGUCGUUACGAUCAUAGCUGUUCGUACAAAUAUCCUUCUUAUAAUAAUUGUGAUGGUUAGAAAACACAGGGUGGGUAAUUAUGUUACUAUUCGUAUUAAUGCGCUGAUUGCAAUAAUUAAUGCCUCGUAUAAACAGCGUAAAAAAACUAUACCUUUACUUCUUCAGCGACCCUCACAGAUAAAAGGAAACAAUGUUAAGACUAUUCAACUUCAUACAGGUAUGAUACAACUUGUGAUUGUUGUUUAUCAAUGACUUCAUGCAGCUAGCAGGUAGAAUCCUUUUGUAAUUCAUCAACUAAUUAGAAUGGAAGUAAAUGUGGAUAUAAUUCAUCAACUAAUCGUUGUGAAGUUAGAAAAUGCGAGCAUUUGACUUCCAAUUAUGUCAUUUCAAAAGAAAUUUGCUUUAAUUGGUAAUACAAUUGUGUUUUCGAUGUUAGUGGUUGUAUAACUUUCCCAGGGAAUUGUACAAAAAUUGAUAUUCUUCCACAAUGUUAUUCUCUGUCAUGCUUUUGGUAAGACGGUAAAUGCGUAAAUCAUGUUGAUUGUGAUCUUAACACAACCGCAGUGACAAAUAGGGAAUGCUUAUUAAGUAAUAGCACAUUCUGUAGAUUAAAUUAUACUCUAGGUUAAGGAUGUGCUUUUAGUAAUUGUAGUCAAAUUAAGGACUCCACCAUAUGUAUUUCAGCAAAAAUUUCCAAUGGCGAAAAAUGUAAAUGGGAUGACGAUGGGGAAGGGUCGUACAUUUGCACAAGGAAAUUUUGUUAUGAGUUUACAAAUUAAUUUGAUUGUGAAAACAGUUAUGGUUAUAUUUAGUCAGUUGCCACAAAAUGUUAUUGGUGUUCACUUUACAGUACUAAAUGUUCGAAUUCUAAAUAUUGCAGUGGAAAUAGCAUGACUUCACCUAAAUCACAUCAGGAUUGCAACGAUUAUUCCGCGUUAUAAACAAUAACUAUAACAUGGAGCUAAAAGUGCACAUCCAAAAAAUAAUAAUGUUCAGAAUAUACAUAUUAAGAGGCUUGUGUAAGUACGAUUGAUGGUAUAGACUGUAUUUGGUAUUCUAACGCUUGUAUAAUUUAUUGUAAAGCAGCAGUUCAUCACUUAAUGACCUUAACACAUUCAUCAUGUCAUAGCUGGAAGGAUUCUUGUAUGUCGCUAAAUAAUAUGGAAUGUCAAAUUCUAGAUUGUUCAUAGUUAACAAUUAUUACAGACUGUACUAUUUUUACUACAAAAUGUUUUUGGGAUGGUUUGGCGUGCUAAAGCAUUGGUGAUUGUAGCAAAUAUUCUGAUGACCCCUCAUGCUCAAGUACAAAUAACUCAUAAGGCAUCCCUUGCUUUUGGGAUGGUACAGAAUGUUUAGAAAAGACAUGCUCAAAUAAACCAACACCUUCGAUUGAUCAAGCAGAGUGUGAUAGUUGGCUAAUUAACUGUUAGUGGAAUAGUAAUGAGAAUCGAUGCGUAGAAGAUUGCACUUAAGCAAAUAUUUCAAAUAACACUCAUUAACUAUGUGAAUCCUAUUUUUUAAAUAAAAGUUGCACUGUUAAACUUGAUUAAAUUCAAUGUGUAGACCUGCCAUUUUCUUGUUCAUUAGCUAAGAAAACCUAAUGUUACAAAGAUUAAUUUGGAAACGAGUGCUUCUUUUAAGUUUCAUUAAAUCAAUGUGUCAAUUUUACAUGUUCAAGCUUGUAAGCAUCAUAUACAACACAUGAACAAUGUAACUCAAGGUUAAAAUCUUGUACAGUUAAUCCAACUUUGGAUGGAUGCCAAUAAUUAAAUGUUUGCAGCAGUUAUUCAAUCAAAGAAUAAUGUGAAAUUGAUUUAAAUAAUGUAGAAUGCCAAUGGAUGAUAGAUUAAAAUAAAUGUACAAUAAAGAACUGUUUAACUGCACAAUUACCCUUAUAUUCAGCGCAUAGUUGUCAUUAGUAUUUUGGGAAUUCUUGUACGGUAAAUGAAACCUUGAAUGGAUGCGAGAUUGGUCAACCCUUAUGCAUGAAAUACACAUAUAAUUAAUGCAAAAGUGAAGGGCAAAUGAAUUUAAGCGGGGUAAACUGUUUUUGGAAUGAGGACAGGAGUAUUUGUUUAGAGAAGAUUUGCGAGAAUGGGCCUCCACUUGCCCAAUCUCAUUCUGAGUGUAUAGGGUUCCUCUCUACUUGUUCAAAAGGUGGUUGUCGUAUAAAAGAGUGCUUUGAUUAUAAUUAUGCUAUAGAUUCAGCUUGUGCUUCAAUAUUCGAAAACAAGAAAUGUGCGACUAAUGGAUAUCAAUGUGUGUUAAGAAAAGCUUGCGAGGAUGCUAAUGGCAUGGAUGGUUGUACAUUUGAUAUCAAUCUCAAUCCAUGCGUUUGGAUUAUUGACAAAUGUUAUACAAAAACUUGUGAAACUGCAUCAAUUUCUCUUACAAAAUAUUAGGAAUGCAAUGCGUAUAUUUCAACUUGCACUGCUAAAUAAGGAGGAGGAUGUACUAAAAAACAAGAUUGUUGGAAUUACUAAAUAAAAGAAGCCUGCUAUACCGAUAGUGAAAAUGUGGAAUGUAUAUGGGAUGAUACUUUAAAUUAAUGUUUUUCCAAUCAAUGUAUCGAUUUCUGUGGAGAUGGCGUUGUAUCUAGUAAAGAAGAAGAAUGCGAUGAUGGCAAUUAUUUCCCUUAUGAUGGUUGUUAUAAAUGUCAAGUGUAAUGUCCAUAAGGAUGUAAUAUUUGUAAUGGCCCUGUGUGCGAAGAUUGUCAUAAAAAGGGUUGGGUAUUGAUUAAUGGUAGUUGCAAAUCAAUAUGUGGCGAUGGGUAUAUAGUAGGAAACGAAUUUUGCGAUGAUGGAAAUUAGAUUGAAUUCGAUGGAUGUUAUUAGUGCUCCUAUUCUUGUCAUUAAAAAUGUCUUAAUUGCUUCUAAGGAAUAUGUUUACUUUGCGAGAAGGGAUACUUAGAAAACGAAUCUUAAUGUCAUACUGUUUGCGGGGAUAGUUUUCUUGUAUAGCAAGUCGAAUAAUGUGAUGAUGGAAAUAAAUAGAAUAAUGAUGGAUGUAGUGAUUCUUGUUAAGUUGAAAGCGACUGGAAGUGCUAAUAGGAAAAUAAUAUUAGUGUUUGUAACUAUAGUAUUCGACCUAAAAUUGUACUUACUAAGCUCACAAAAACAAAUUAAGAUAAUUAAGAAUUCCAAUUAUCAUUCAGUGAACAAGUACGUUUGAACAUUAAGAAUAUUAGUGAUGAGCAAUUUCUUUAGAUGAUUGUUAUUGUUAUUGAGGGGGCUAAAGAUGACGAAUAUGACGUUGAAAUCAAACCCGUGAUCUCAAUUACUUCUUUAAUGAAUGAUGCAUCAUAUAAGAUACUUGUCUAUUUUAAAAGUAGCAUUUCAAAUCCUGUCUUAAAAGUAACACUAAGGUGUGAGAACAUUGUAAAUGCUUAGGACAAUACUUUAGUCUCUAACGAAGCAAAGUUGGUAUUAUCAUCUCCUAACAAAAUGUCAAAUGAGAAUCAAUCCCUUAUUUUUAAAACAGCUCUUCUCGGGCGAAUUGUUAUGUAUAUCAUCUUGAUUGUUAGUGGUGUUGCUUUUUUGGCUGGCAAUUUAGAAAUUUUAUGGAAUCUCCUUGAUACGCUUUAAUAAUUAUCAUAUUUGAAAUUUCACAACCUCUAAUUCCCAGAAAACUUGUAUGUCUACUUUGAAAUUUUUAAUAUUGGUUCUUUUACUCCCAUAAUAAACAGCUUAUAAACAGACAUGUAAUUACAUGAUUUAUUUGAUUUCGAAAUUCCAAUAAUACCAGCUAAAUGGAAAUUUGAAUACUAUUAAAUCAAUUGUUACUUUUUGAAUAACCUGUAAACACUAGUCACUGUGAUCAUAAUUGGAUUUGUUUAUUUUGUUGUUUCAUAUGUCUUCUAUAAAUUCCUUGUUCUUAUUAAAUACGAAAAUUGGCCGGCUAUUUUUUAUUAAACGUAAUCACAAAGCCUCUUUUAACUUGUCAGAUUUAUUUUUUCCCUUUAGAAGUUGGCCAGAAAAUAAUACCAAUAUUUUAUUUACUCUGGAUUAAUCAGAAUAUUUACUUCUAACUUUUAUGAAAUAACGUUUGCAUCCGUUUUAUAAAUUGCAAAUUACAACACUGAUACUGCUUUAAAUGGAGCCAUUUCAUUAACAGCAUUAAUUACAUUACUAGUUAAUAUAUUAUUGAUAGCAUUAUUUUUUUCUUAUCUAUGCAAAAAAGACAAAGUCCCUAAGACAUUUUAAGUUUUAGUAGAAGGAAUUAAUAAUAAUUAUUAAUAAGGGUCAAAAUAAUACUUUACCAUAUUACUAAUUAAAAAAACCUUAUUUAUUUGUAAUUUAGUUUUAUUUUAAGGACUUCUGGCUGCUUAGAGUCUAAUUACAGCCUGUUUAUCAGGAGUAUUUUCUUGUUAUAUUUAUAUUUAUCAACCUUUUGAGAACAGUUAUGAAAAUAGUAAAAUAUUCAUCACAGAAAUUCUAAUUAUGCUUAAUGUAAUACUCUUUUCUGUUUAUGAUAUUAUUAAAUUUGAUUAAAGUAAGAAGUCAGCUGAAGUUUUAGGGUGGAUUAAUGUAGGUGGAUUUACAUUAAUUCUUAUUUUCACUUUAGCUAUUGAUGUUUAUCAAUAAUUAAAAAAAUAUAUAUAUAAAUGUAGAUAGUAGUAUGGAAUCAAUUAGAAUUAAGUUGAAAAUGAAAAAAAAUUAAUUUUUUUUGCUUUUUGA